GCGUCCACCUCAUGCACUACCAGGAGUCGGAUGACGGCGGGUUCAACGGAGCCAAAAGGAUUCCGUUACAGGGAACCAGGCGCCAUCCUGCGGCUCUGGAAUAAAAUAUAACAAAUAAGGAAAAAAAAUAAACAACAUGCCAGCAGCAAUCAUAUAUAAUCUGGCCCUGCUCUCCACUGACAGCACACUGCCCGCGUCGUCUCCUCUCGUCCAUUGUCGUCCGCUCAGAAGAGGAGGCGAAGGACCGGGGCGGUUGGAGCUUCCUGCGAGGGAGAUGCCUUCUGCUAAGACCUCUGGGGACCUUCGCGAGGUGAACGGCGCCGUUCGAUCGCUCUGCCUGGACGAGUCGACGUUCCUCGCGGCACUCAUGCCGAAGGAGGAGAUCGGAGCCAAACGGUUCCUCGAGGCGCACCCGGAGUAUGACGGGAGAGGAACGCUCAUCGCGAUCUUCGAUUCGGGUGUAGACCCUGCCGCUGCUGGUUUACACGUUACGUCAGAUGGAAAACCUAAAAUUCUUGACAUCCUUGAUUGCACUGGAAGUGGAGAUAUUGACACAUCAAAGGUAGUUAAGGCUGAUGCAGAUGGUUGCAUCAUUGGAGCUUCAGGGGUUAAAUUAUUUAUAAAUCAGCAGUGGAAAAACCCUUCUGGAGAGUGGCAUGUAGGCUGUAAGCUGAUUUAUGAGCUGUUUACAGAUGCAUUGAUUUCACGUCUGAAGAAAGAAAGAAAGAAGAAAUGGGAUGAGAGAAACCAAGAAGCCAUCUCGGAUGCCUUGAAAGCGCUCAAUGAAUUUGAUCAGAAGCAUCCGAAAGCAGAUAGUGUAAAGCUAAAAAAAACUAGAGAAGACCUCCAAAACAAAGUUGAUUUACUGCGAAAACAGGCUGAUAUUUAUGAUGACAGAGGCCCUGUUAUAGAUGCUGUUGUCUGGAACGAUGGUGAUGUUUGGAGAGUUGCUGUUGAUACCCAGCAGCUUGAGGAAGAUCCGGAGUUUGGAAAACUGGCCAACUUCAAUCCUAUGACCAACUUUAGGACGGAGCACAAGUAUGGUAUUUUUAGCAAAUUGGAUGUGUGUUCCUUUGUCACAAAUAUUUAUGAUGAAGGGAACAUCUUAAGCAUUGUAACCGAUUGUUCUCCUCAUGCCACCCAUGUUGCUGGCAUUGCUGCUGCUUUCCAUCCUGAGGAACCCUUGCUGAAUGGAGUUGCACCUGGCGCACAGUUGAUUUCGUGUAAAAUUGGUGAUUCACGUUUAGGCUCCAUGGAGACAGGCACCGGUUUAAUACGUGCAUUGAUAGCUGUUGUUGAGCAUAAAUGUGAUCUUAUUAACAUGAGUUAUGGUGAACCAACAUUGCUUCCUGACUAUGGGAGAUUUGUUGAUCUUGUAAAUGAGGUUGUGGACAAGCACCGGGUAAUUUUCAUAAGCAGUGCAGGCAAUAAUGGUCCAGCAUUGACCACUGUUGGGGCUCCUGGUGGGACAAGUUCUAGCAUAUUUGGUGUUGGUGCUUAUGUGUCACCAGCCAUGGCUGCAGCAGCCCAUUGUGUUGUUGACCCGCCACCAGAGGGGUUAGAAUACACUUGGUCUAGCCGAGGUCCAACAACAGAUGGUGACCUGGGUGUCUGUAUAAGUGCUCCUGGUGGUGCUGUGGCUCCUGUCCCAACAUGGACAUUGCAGCGGCGCAUGCUUAUGAAUGGAACUUCCAUGGCAUCUCCAUCUGCAUGUGGAGCAGUAGCAUUGUUAGUUAGUGCAAUGAAGGCUGAAGGUAUCCCUGUGAGUCCUUAUAGUAUGCGUAAUGCACUUCAAAACACUGCAAUUGCAAUUGGUAAUUCACCGGAAGACAAACUAUCUACAGGUGAAGGUCUGAUCCAAGUCGACAGGGCAUAUGAAUAUCUUCAACAGUCAAAAAGUCUUCCUUGUGUUACUUAUAAAGCAACAGUCAGUGCAUGUGGAAAAUCAGGCCCCACUGCAAGAGGAAUCUACUUAAGGGAAUCUAGUGCCUCUGAACGGGCUACAGAGUGGACAGUGCAAAUUCAGCCGAAGUUCCAUGAAGAUGCGAGCUACAUGGACCAGUUAGUUCCUUUUGAGGAAUGCAUACAGUUACAUUCUAGUGAACCAUUGGUCGUGCAGGCCCCAGAAUAUAUUCUUCUCACAAACAAUGGGCGCACAUUCAAUAUUGUCAUAAACCCGACCAACCUCAGUCAUGGGCUACACUAUUUUGAAGUGUAUGGCACAGAUUGCAGACUUCCAUGGCGUGGAUCUCUUUUUAGGGUUCCUAUUACUGUAAUUAAACCUUUAACUUUGCAAGAUAAGCCUCCCAUUAUUUCCUUUACUGGGAUGGCAUUUUCACCAGGUUACAUAGAGCGGAAGUUUAUCAAAGUGCCCAAGGGUGCUACGUGGGUCGAAGCAACCAUGAGAACAUCUGGUUUUGAUACUGCUCGGCGAUUUUUUAUUAAUGUUGUUCAGAUUUGUCCUCUGAAGCGUCCGAUCAAGUGGGAGAAUGUUGUUACAUUCUCAUCUUCAUCUCUUAAGAGAUUUAAUUUUCCAAUUCAAGGAGGUCAGACUAUGGAGCUUGCUAUUGCUCAAUUUUGGUCGAGUGGCGUUGGCAGCAAUGAUGUUACAUUUGUUGAUUUUGAGAUGGAAUUUCAUGGGAUAGAAGCUGAUCAAGAAGCUGUGAUGCUUGAUGGCAGCGAGGCACCUCUCAGAAUUGAAGCUAAAGCUCCAUUAUCAUCCGAACAACUUAGACCAAUCGCUGUCUUAAAAAAGAUAAGGACUCCUUACCGGCCAAGUGAUUGCAGUCUUUUCCCUCUUCCUGAAAAGCGUGACUUACUGCCUACUGGAAAGCAGAUUUUGGCACUUAUUCUUACUUACAAGUUUAAAUUGGAAGAGACAGCUGAAAUAACUCCCAGAUUGCCAUUACUCAAUAAUCGAAUCUAUGAUAAUAAAUUUGAAUCACAGUUCUAUAUGGUUUCAGACUCAAAUAAGCGAAUAUAUGGAACAGGAGAUGUUUACCCAAAGCCUUUGAAGCUUCCUAAAGGGGACUACACUUUGCGAAUGUCUAUAAGGCACGAAAACAUACAUUAUCUUGAGAAAAUGAAGGAACUUGUUUUGUUCAUCGAAAGAAACUUGGAAGCCAAGGAUUUCAUACACUUGAGCUGCUUUAGUCAACCAGAUGGACCUAUAACUGGGAACAGCAGCUUUACAUCCUUGGUUUUAGUACCUGGCGAAAGGGAGGCCUUUUAUGUGGGCCCACCACCCAAGGACAAACUUCCAAAGUGUUGUUCAGCUGGAUCUAUACUGCUUGGUGAGAUCAGCUAUGGGAGCCUCUCCCUUGGAGCAAAGGAAGAUGGAAAAAACACUCAGACCUGUCCUGUUUUCUACCCAUUAUCGUAUAUGGUUCCACCUAAGCUUGAUGAGAAGGAUAAAGAAAAAGAUGGUUUUGAUAGCAAAAAGAGCUUAUCUGAGCGUGUAGACGAAGAGGUUCGAUAUGCAAAGCUGAAUAUACUUUCAAGCCUAAAGCAGGGAACAGAAGAUGAAGUGUGCAAAUGGAAGGACUUUUGUCAUUCAUUGAAGAUGGAGUACCCAAACUGUACACCAUUACUUGUCAAAAUCCUGGAGGGCUUGUUAUCUAGGGAUUAUAAUUGUGGCAAGGCAAGCUACCACCAUGAGGUUAUAAAUGCUGCCAAUGAAGUUAUUAGCAGCAUUGACAAAGAUGAGUUGGCAAAAUAUUUCUCAGAAAAAAGUGAACCGGAGGAUGAGGAGGGCAUGAAACUCAAGAAAAAGAUGGAGGCAACACGUGACCAGUUAGUAGAGGCACUUUACAGAAAGGGACUGGCACUUCUAUCCUUGCAGUUUCCACUUCUGUUUCAGGUUGAGAAGCAGCCAGCAGCAGUUGAAAAUCUAGAGCAAUCUCUUGAUCUAUCCAGCCCCAUGUCAGGGAAUGGUCCAGAUUUAUUUGAACAGAACUUCAAAGAACUAAGAAGAUGGGUUGAGGUUAAAUCACCCAAGUAUGUAGAGCUUCUGGUGUUCAAUGAAAGGCGUUGUGGAAGACCUGGAACAGCAUUGAAGAUAUUGGGCGACCUCCUGCAGGAUGGUGCUGAACCACCAAACAAGAAAUUUUACGAACUGAAGAUUGAUCUUCUCGAUGAUCUUGGCUGGGCCCACAUUGCAUCAUAUGAAAGGAGAUGGAUGUUUGUGCGGUUCCCACCAUGUAUGCCUUUAUUUUAAAAUUCUUGAUGGAUGGUGUCGAGGAAUAACUUGCGGACUAUCAUGGGUAGAAUGACAUACCAUGACGCUUCCUUUGCGAUACGAAUUUGUUGGUUGGCAACUGAAGAAUGAGGAAGACUAAGAAGUGAGACUGUAAUUGCUUUGAGGAUGUGGUGGUCAUAAAGUUAUCAAAGGAACCAGCCAUUUCAUUUAAUAAUAUAUGCUUACUCAAUAUGAAGCUUAUUAAGAGCGUGGUAUUUGCUGUUGAGGGACUGUUUGAUGUGAUUUUAUUGUGAAGUACAUUUAAAAGAUAUUUUCAUUGCCAAUCAAUGGGAGUUAUCUACCAAUUCUAAAUA